AGGAGUGGAAGUACUUGUAUAUAAGGGGUGAUCAUCUCGUUGAUUCAUAUAUGAUUCAUAGCAUUUAAUCUACAUAUUCCGGGCAGUCUUCUUCUCGGUCAGAAAAUCAUGGAUUCAGAUUGGGCUGGAUUGCCACAACAUCUUUUAGAUUCAGUUGUAGAUAGAUUAGUGGCGCAACUGGACUUUGCGCGAUUCAGUAUUGUGUGUAUGUCAUGGCACUCUGUAGCAAAACAUAAUCAAAGUCAUCGUGCUAAGCUGUUAGGUCGUGACCAACCUCCAAUGCUUAUGAUUUCUACCGACCAAGAAGGUACAUGGAACUUAUGCAACCUCAUGGAUGAAAAAGUUUUGGAUUUGCAAUUGAACUUUUUAAAUAAGCGCUUUUGUGGGUCUUCAAAAGGAUGGGUAAUUAUCGGGGAAGAAAACUUUGCGAUAACCCUACUAGACCCAUUGUCUAGAACCAAAGGGAAGGAAGAAAAAGAAAAUUCAAUCAUUCGCCUACCUCCAUUAAUCAGCCCUCCGGAUGAUGAGGGUGGUGCAUUGAAAUUCUUUACUAAACAUUAUGAGUAUUAUGUCAAGAAGGCUACACUAACAGCAGACCCAAUAUUAAAUGCAAACGAGUGCCUUGUUGUGGUGAUAUUUGGGUAUUUUUCUAAUAUGGCUUUUCUCCGACUCUCUAAAGAUACAACAUGGACUUAUCUUGAUAAGGAGGUGAAGGGAAUAUGCGAAGUUGUUUGCAUUGAAAACAAAUUUUAUGUUGUUGACCACUGGAGCAGAAUUUUUACUUUUGAUAUUACUACUCAGUCCUAUUCAGAUAUAAAAUGUGUUGCAGAAGGCUUUCAAAGCGAGACGAAGAUGAUAUGUAUGUCACGAAGCAAGUCAAAAUUUUCGAAUUGAAUUUCGAUGAGCGUAAGUGGAUUGA